AUGUGUUUUAUUGGAAUGGAUGGAGAAAAGAUUAUUUCUGAAUGGUGCCCGGUGAUUUUGUGCGCUUUUGAUCCGCUUUUAAUUCCUCCUACUCCUGCUUGUGAUGUCUUGAUUUCUGGCACUAAUAUUACGACAAAGAAAAAUACUUCGAAUGCUGCAUUGGAUGCAAAUAACAAACAAAAGGAGAAAGCAGCACCUCUUAGUGCCGAAAUUGUUGAUAGCUCAUUACCACCUCCGCCUGUUGAAGAGCAUCAUGAAGAUGUCAGUCAGGAUGUUACCCGAAAAUCGGCGUGUUCAAAUAUCUCACAAAAGCAGAAGAAGAAGCGGGCCAAGAAGAAGGCGAAAAAUAAGAAAAAGAAAAACGAUGAACCAAAAAAGAAGGAAAACUCUGAAAUUGCUGUCGUUAACGAUGUUGUAGCUGCCAAUGAAGACAGUUUUGCCGAUGUUGUUGAUAGGGAAAAGAAGGACAAGAAGGAAAACGAUUUGAGUGGAGACCUUUCGAAAAACAUCAGCAAGAACAACGAACAAAAACAACAAAAAGGAGAUCGAAUGGAACGUUGGUUCUCCAAUAAUAGUGAAGAUACUUCUAAACUCUCAGUCGAUGACAAAGAAGCUGCCUCCGGGCCUAUGCCGACGGAGAGUCCUAAAAAGCUAUCUGACACCUCAUUGACAGAAAUUGGUCCUCCACUUGCAACUUCCUCUCUCGCUGAUGUAAAUUCGACCAACAAUGACAACUUUAAUUCUCAUCAACAUGAAGAAUUUAUUUUCUCCCGAAUAACCAGUCACAACAAUAAUGAAGAACCUUCAAUGUCGAUCCAGCGUCAACAACCAGCAACAAAAGCCCAACAAUACCUUCUAAAACAGCAAAAAAAUCGUUUCGACAAUUAUACCAGCAACAAUUCCUCUUAUAUUCCAAUGAAUGAAAAUAAAGAGGAAGGCUCAUAUUCUAUAACUUCUUGCAUUUCUACAUCAGAACAACGUACAUCCCCUGAACCGGAUUGUGGUUAUCAGUUCACGUGGGUGCCAAAACAUUUGAGUGAAGAGGAAAUUAUGAUUGUUAAAGAAGAAAUAGAAAAGAAGACCCAACAAUUAGCAUCCAGACAAUUUAUUGGCGAGCCAUCAAAUAUCCAGCAUGUUUCUAAAACUACAUAUCACUGCAGCAAGCCAUCAUUUGUUGUUGAAGCUCCAAAAGAAGCGUCUAAGCAAUGGCGUCCGGAUGCCCUCAUUGAACAUCAGAGUAGAAAUAAAUCUGUACCGACAACACAAGAAGUGAAGAAGGAUGCACCACCACAAUCUUGUUCUCAUUUGGAUGAUACUCUACAACGUCCAUUUCCAUUGCAAAAAGCUAAAAAAGUUACGACAAUUUCUCCAAAUGGGGGUGGCGUAAACAAGACGCCCAAACAGGUUCGAUGGCUGUCACCACGCCGUGAAUUCAACGACAUUCCUCGCCCAUAUCAAGUGGCCCCAAUUCGACAGACGUAA